AUGGUCAAGGCCGUCGCUGUUCUCCGUGGUGACUCCAAUGUCAAGGGCACUGUAGUCUUCGAGCAGGCUUCGGAGUCUUCCGCAACCGUCAUCACAUACAGCCUUUCUGGCAACGACCCAAAUGCCCUUCGCGGCUUUCACAUCCAUCAGUUUGGCGACAAUACCAAUGGCUGCACAUCUGCCGGCCCUCACUUCAACCCGUUCGGCAAAUCCCACGGUUCUCCCACCGAUACUGAGCGCCAUGUUGGAGACCUAGGAAACAUUACCACUGACGCUCAGGGAAACGCUUCUGGCAUGAUGGAGGAUAUCUUCAUCAAGCUCAUUGGCGAACACAGUGUGCUUGGACGCACUGUCGUCGUCCACGCUGGCACUGAUGACCUUGGAAAGGGUGGAAACGAAGAAUCCAAGAAGACCGGCAACGCUGGUCCCCGCCCCGCCUGUGGUAUGUAUCUUAUCUCCCAGUUCUUUGCGAAUGGAUAUGGGUAUGGGAUCUUGAACUAA